GUUACCCAGAAGCCCCGGCGACAACAACACAACCACGGGGCGUUCUCGUCCAAUCAGCGGCGGGACGUGAUGUUUCAGCACCGACGUGUCGCACUGACUUUUUAACCGUGUCGCUCUCCACAUGUAAACGUCACUCGUGUGUUCAGCGGGUGAAGAAGCGACAGACGACAACAACAACAACAACAACAACAACAACAACAAUGUCCGAACCCGCUAAACAGGACAUCUCCGCCAUUUUCAAGCGGCUCCGCUCCGUCCCCCCCAACAAGGUUUGCUUCGACUGUGCAGCUAAAAACCCCAGCUGGGCCAGCAUCACCUACGGUGUGUUCCUGUGCAUAGACUGCUCAGGGACCCACAGGUCUCUGGGGGUGCACCUGAGCUUUAUCAGAUCUACGGAGCUGGACUUCAAUUGGUCUUGGUACCAGCUGAGAUGUAUGCAAGUGGGAGGAAAUGCCAGUGCGAUUUCUUAUUUCAGUCAACAUGGGUGCACAACCAGCGCUGCCAACGCCAAGUACAACAGCCGAGCUGCUCAGCUGUACAGAGAGAAGAUAAAGAAUUUAGCCACACAAGCCACCAGACGCCACGGCACUGAGCUGUGGCUUGAUAGUCAGGCUCCUCUCUCUCCGACGUCACCAGAGGACAAGCAGGUGGAUUUCUUCAGUCUGCAUUCACUGGAUGUUCCGGAAAACUUGAAUACGGCCAAAAUGAAUCUGAGCUCCUCCACAUCGGAGAACAGUGUAACCCUGGAAAAAGAUGAAGAGAAAAAUGGUAAUACAGAGGAGGGUCCAAGCGUGGAAUCUCUGAGUGUUUCUCCAAAAGCAAAUCCAGAGCCGUCCUCUCUUUUUAAGAAGAAGCCCUCCGCUGCCAAGAAAACGUUGGCCUCUAAGAAGGGCGGUCUGGGCGCUCACAAGGUCAGCAACCUGAGUUUCUCAGAGCUGGAGAAGAAAGCUCAAGCUGCCGAUAAGAUGAGAGAGAAAGAAGACAGCGCUGUGAGCUCGAAGAAGAAUAUUCAACCCGAGCAAUCGAUCACUCCAUCGCUGCGACUGGCCUAUAAAGAUUUUGAGCAGCAGAGGAAAAUGGAGGACCAGAAGCUGAAGGGAUUAGAGGGGAAGAAGAAGGAGCAAGCUGAGAGACUGGGCAUGGGCUUAGGCAUGAGGAGUGGAGUUUCACAUUCUGUGACCUCGGACAUGCACAUCAUCGAGCAGGAGAACACACUGGGCUCAAGGACCACCAGAGGUCGGCGGCUCAUUGAGCAAGAGGAUGAUGAAGGAUCCUUCACCUCCAGGUCUGUGUCCCGGUUUGAGGAUCAAACAGAACCUUCUGAUAAUUUCACUUCAAAGUGGGAUGAUUGUGUCGAGGAAGGAGGCUGGAUGAAGGUGACCAAGAAACCAGAGCCAGAUUUCUACUUGUCCUCCACCAUAACUUCACUUGACGACAGCCGACACGCAGCCAGGAGGAAACCAGAACCAUUGCCAGUGUCGGACAUGGGAGAAGCUCGUAAAAAGUUUGGAGAUGUCAAAGCAAUCUCCUCUGACAUGUACUUUGGAAAACAAAACGACUCUGAGUAUGAGGCCAAAACCCGACUGGAAAGAUUAGCUGGGAGUGCGUCUAUAAGUUCAGCAGACCUCUUUGAUGAGCCAAAGAAACAGACUGCGAGUUCAUACAGUCUGACCAACGUGCUGCCCAACGCUCCGGACAUGUCGCAGCUCAGACUGGGAGUGCGCUCAGUCGCAGGAAAACUCUCGGUCAUGGCCAGCGGCGUAGUCAACUCAAUCCAGGAUCACUACAGUUCCUGAGUCAGGAUGUGUCUCCUCUUGCAUGCAGCAGGUGUAGUCGGCGUCGACACAACAGGAGUAUGAUGAUUUACCCGGUGAGAGACGGAUAAAGAUCAGCUCUUUGAGCAAAUCUCUGCUUUGAUGCAUCAAAAUCUGGCCCUAAAAUGACCCCGUAUACAUUUACAUCUGUUUUUCCUUCUCAGAUAAUGUGAUAGAGCUGGUGUUAGAAUCAGAUGACUGAAGCACAAUAUUUGCUCAUCUGCAGACAUCUUGAAGUGAGAUUUCUGAGUCAAGUGAAACCAUGAGGAAUAUUUCGUUUGCAUCAUAUUACUUGUUUUGAUUUGUGGUUUUGGGGGUUUACAUACUUAAAAAUACUUUAUGUAGCAGUUGGGAGAUUUCUGGUGUUAUGAAAGAAGGGUUUACUUUUGGAUUUCUAUAGUUGAUGAGGUCAAAACCUAAACAGCAGAGACAAUUCAGUUGGAAAGACUUAAUUGAUUAAUGCACUUUCACUCAUCACACGCACUAUGCAGUGUGCUCUUGUACUUUAAUUUGUGAAAUCUUGCACAUUCCCAGUUUGAAAGUGUCCUUUUCCGUCCCCGAAGUGUACUUACGUUUGCUCUUCCACAGGCACAACCAAAAGCUGAUAAUGAGGCCUUGUGGGGACCAGAUAUAUGUUUCUUAAUUGAGGACGAUAUCAGUUAUGGAAAUUGGUAUUGAUCUAAUUAGCAGAUAAGAUUCAUUUUCCUGCAAGUAGCCACGUUUUUCUCUUCUUUUUUUUUUGUGUAGGUCGUGCAUCCGUAGUAUAAAAAGGACAAGAUGGCAUUGAGGAUAAGCAGCUAAAAACGUUUAAAGGAAAAGCUGAUGUUUUGGGAAGUGCACAUAUUUGUUUUUGCCUAGAGUUUGAUGCCACUUUUGUAGAUAUGCAUUUUCUUGUUAGUAGGCAAAGUUAGCUAAUCGUCUUUCUCUCACCGAGAAAACAACAAAGACUUUAUCCCAAAAUGUCAAAUAUUUCCAUUAAAGGAGAGAUAUUCUGCUUAUGUUUUUUCACCACGUGUCAGCGGUAUAAAGGGAGCUCAUCUCCCCCGAGAAAACACUGACGCUCCUGAAACGACUCGUCAGUAGUUUGUCUGAAAUGAGCGUCCGGCUCGGGGCUGCAGUUUUCUGUCAGAACACGACCGAAAAUUUGCAAAUCGACCUGAAUACGACAAGCGUUCUGUUUUUUGUGGCCAAACCCAACUCAAGCCUGAUGCUUUCCCCCAGUUACAAGCUCAUGCCGUUGGCUGGAAGCGGUUCACCAAUCACAACAGAGUUGGCCAAUCAGAGCAAACUGAGCUUCAUCAGGAGGAGGGGCCUUAAAGAGACAGGAGAUAAAACCAAGUGUUUCAGACAGAGGCUGAAAAAAGAGCUGCAGCAGUGGAAAGUUUGAGGGAAGUGAUUUGUCUUCUGAACAUUAGAGCAUUUAUACAUUUACAAGAGCAGAAUAUUUCUCCUUUUAAAAUACUACUUAUUAAAGUUAUUUCUUUAUUAAUCUUAAUUCAUAUUUUGCAAUCUCGAAUAUGGUCACCAUGGUGACACGUAUAUGUAUAUAUAGAGAUUUAUUUUCGAUGUGGAGGGUCUUGAUGAUGUUUGGUUUGAAAAUUGUGUUUUGGUCGUCUGCGGUGGAUUCCUGUUUUCCCCUCUGGGCAGAUUAUUUAGUGGCACGCAGAUUCUUGAAGGGUAAAAUGUCCUGAUGCUGUUUGACAUGUUUGUAGCUUUCAGCCCCUAAUAUAAAGAUACACAUGUCCACUUAAAAACAUGAAUGUAAACCGUACCUUUAAAGCCUUCAAAGUUAAAUUAUGUUGUUGCUGCAACAAGCCAAGGUCCAAGUGAUAUAUUUUGAUACAUCAAAAAUAACCGAGGCAGUGAUGAAGCACUUAUAGUUUGAGAAGUGAUUCUUAAAGUUUGAUUAUGGAUUUGAUAUUUAAAAGCAAUAGAGAAGCAGAUUGAAGUCUGUUUAAAGUGUGGUAUUUAAAAAAAUACAGCUUUUACCUGAAGUCUACUCACGAGUUCAAGCUCUAGUGUUUCUGACGCCCACACUGGGAACAGGAUGCAUUAUUACUGAUUACUUCACUGUACUGUUCAUGCUUCUCAGGAGUAAAAUAAUAAUGAAACACUAUGAAGCACUAAAAGAGUUUCACGUCCUUCAAUGACCAAAUAUUUGUUUACUCCAUCACUGUAUGCCUUAGACCAAAGAUCUCUGAAGCAUAACGGCUUAAAUUUGCAAGAGCAUGAAGUCCUCUCGACCUUUUUUUUUUUUUGCACAUAAUUUGGUAAAAAAUUGCACGUGGCAGCUUUUGCUUGAAUGUACCGAACCUUUGCCUCUAUAAGUUGAUGCUGCGUCCGUGCUGAACUUGAGUUUUGCUUUUGUUUGUAAGUUUGUGUCUUCUGCUGUGGAAUAUUGUUAAAUGUUACAUAAAAGAGUAGCAGCUUGUGCAUGUUUGCCCCCUCGUAGUUAUUUUAUCACCCGGACACAUCCUGAGUACUCGAUGGUGUUCGGCGGUUGCAGCCCGUUCAUUUAAACAUUAAUGGGGAAAAAAGAAUCGCUCUAUAUUAACUGUAACGUAGGACUACUAUGUUGUAUAUGGCUUUGAAUGAGCAUUUAUAGAAUAUAGGAUAUUGAUAAUCAGAUUUUGACAAUUUUUGACAUUUAAAAUGUAAGUAACGUUUUUGGAAACAUGCCAAAUAAACAGCUGGCGUCUGAA